AUGCCGAUCAGAUCUUUUCCGACCCUGAACAGGGUCUUGUCCGCCUCUGGAACCAAACAAGACGACAAGCCGAAGGAGACCACCGCAAACAGAAAGUCAUAUCCGUCGAGCUCGGUGUACGAGUUCAAAGAAGAGGAUGGAGAGUCCCAAGAUGAGAAGGACGUGGAUAUUGACGCCCUGAUCGAGGAUCUCAAGUCUCUCGACGGUCAGAGUGAUGUCGAUGACGAUAGGCUAAGCCAACCGGGGGGCCUUCUUCAAGUGCCAGAGGAAAUAAUUCAAACGAACCCAAACACCGGUCUCACGGAGGAGGAGGUCCUUCUUCGACGGAAGAAGUAUGGCUGCAAUAGAAUGAAGGAGGAAAAAACAAACCUGUUCCUCAAAUUUCUAUCUUACUUCGUCGGACCAAUCCAAUUCGUGAUGGAGGCAGCUGCAAUUCUGGCGGCUGGUCUUCGCGAUUGGGUAGAUUUCGGUGUGAUAUGCGCUCUUCUGGCCCUCAAUGCAGUUGUUGGAUUUGUCCAAGAGUAUCAGGCCGAGUCCAUCGUGGUUGAACUGAAGAAAACCCUGGCACUGACGGCUAUGGUCGUGCGAGACGGCAAUAUAAUCGAGGUGGAUACAGCAGACGUGGUUCCGGGCGAUAUCUUGAAAGUAGAAGAGGGAACGAUCAUACCCGCCGACGGUCGACUACUCACCACGUUGACUCUGCAAGUAGAUCAGUCCUCCAUCACGGGCGAAUCCUUCGCUGUUGACAAGACCAAAGGAGAUACGUGCUAUGCCUCCUCAGCUGUAAAGCGAGGCCACGCGCGCAUUGUCGUCACGGCCACGGGAGACAAGACGUUCGUCGGACGUGCUGCUGCAUUGGUGAAUGCCGCUGCCUCUGGUGCAGGCCACUUUACUGAGGUCCUCAAUCAAAUUGGGAUUGUGCUGCUGGUGCUUGUGGUUCUCACACUCCUCGUUGUCUGGGUAUCGUCGUAUUACCGCUCAAACGACAUCAUAACCAUCCUUGAAUUUACCUUGGCCAUCACCAUGAUCGGUGUACCGGUUGGUCUUCCUGCCGUGGUCACCACCACAAUGGCAGUCGGUGCUGCAUAUUUGGCGAAGAAACAAGCGAUUGUUCAGAGAUUGUCAGCCAUCGAGUCCCUCGCUGGCGUGGAGAUCCUUUGUUCCGACAAAACCGGUACCCUAACGAAGAAUAAGCUAAAGCUCCAUGAACCGUUCACAGUCCCCGGGGUGGACCCUGAAGAUCUUAUGCUAACCGCCUGCUUGGCUGCUUCUCGGAAGACGAAUGGCAUCGACGCUAUUGACAAAGCAUUUCUCAGGGCCUUGCCUAACUAUCCUCGAGCCAAAUCUCUGCUUUCGCGGUACAAGUUGCUUGAAUUUCAACCCUUCGACCCUGUCUCGAAAAAGGUUACCGCUAUAGUGCAGUCCCCUCAGGGCGAAAAGAUCACUUGCGUCAAAGGAGCUCCACAUAUUAUUCUCGGGGACCUUGAAAACAAGACCUAUAUCACAGAAACAGUGAAGGUCGCCUACAGGACCCAGGUAGCCGAAUUCGCUUCUCGGGGGUUCCGUUCGCUUGGAGUCGCUCGCCAACAUGGCAAUGGGCUAUGGGAACUCCUUGGGAUCAUGCCCUGUUUUGACCCUCCGCGACACGAUACGGCCAAGACUAUCAACGAGGCCAAAUCUCUUGGACUAUCGAUUAAGAUGCUCACUGGAGAUGCCAUCGGCAUUGCUCGAGAGACGUCCCGUCAUCUCGGAAUGGGCACCAACGUUUACAACGCGGACCGUCUUGGUCUUGGGGAGGAGGCAUCGAUGCCAGGGUCUGAAAUAUACGACUUUGUCGAGGCUGCCGAUGGAUUUGCGGAAGUAUUCCCUCAACAUAAGUAUAACGUCGUGGAUAUCCUGCAGCAGCGCGGAUACCUGGUAGCGAUGACUGGAGACGGCGUCAAUGACGCACCAUCCCUCAAGAAAGCCGACACUGGGAUCGCAGUCGAGGGCUCCUCGGACGCCGCACGCACGGCGGCUGACAUUGUCUUUCUGGCUCCUGGACUGUCUGCUAUCAUCGACGCUCUGAAGACUUCGCGCCAAAUAUUCCACCGGAUGUACGCCUAUGUCGUGUACCGGAUUGCUCUGUCGCUCCACCUCGAAAUCUUUUUGGGUCUAUGGAUCGCGAUCAUGAACGAGAGCCUGAACCUGCAGUUGGUCGUCUUCAUUGCCAUUUUUGCGGAUAUUGCAACGCUAGCCAUUGCCUACGACAAGGCCCCGUAUUCGAAAAGUCCCGUGAAAUGGAACCUUCCCAAGCUCUGGGGCAUGUCUGUCAUUCUCGGGAUUGUGCUCGCGAUCGGGACCUGGGUGACAUUGACCACCAUGCUAAACAAUGGUGAGGAAGGCGGGGUAGUGCAGAAUUUUGGAAAACGCGAUGAGGUUCUGUUUCUCGAGAUCUCCCUGACUGAGAACUGGCUGAUCUUCAUCACGCGAGCCAAUGGACCGUUUUGGUCGUCGGUCCCGUCGUGGCAGUUGACCGCAGCGAUCUUAGUGGUGGACCUCAUCGCGACCUUUUUCUGCCUCUUUGGAUGGUUCGUCGGCGGACGGACUUCAAUCGUGGCCGUGGUCCGCAUCUGGGUCCUGUCGUUUGGGGUCUUUUCGAUCAUGGGGGGGCUUUACUACCUUCUGCAGCGUUCCAAGGCAUUUGACAAUUUGAUGCACGGAAAGAGCCCCAAAAGCAAGGUCACGGUGCAGCGCUCGGUGGAAGACUUUCAUGUGAAAUUGGAGCAAGAGUCGAGAAUGCAUGUGAGGAGUUCGCUGGGCGGGACGGUCGCGAAAGGGCCGGUCAAAUGA